GUCGACCAGGAGGGAACUUUAUCGGCGUGGCGCAAGGUAAGGGUGAAAGUUGAAGGGUAUGGCAUCGGGUUUUAGUGCCAAACAUGGACUUUUCACCUCCAAAACGUCGCUGCUUCAUGCGUUUCAAAGGAAGAUAUUACCGAGCUCCGGCUGCGUCCGCAGAGCCGCCGGCAGCUCCACAGCAGAGCCGCAGCACGACGAGAAGUACUGCAUGGAGCUGGUCAGGUCCAGAGACUAUGAUGGCUUCGUGUGCUCCCUGCUCCUCCCAGAGGAGGCGCGGCGCUCCUCUCUGGCCCUGAGAGCCUUCAACGUGGAGCUGGCUCAGGUGAAGGACUCCGUUUCCCAGAAGACCAUUGGGCUGAUGCGAAUGCAGUUCUGGAAGACGGCCGUGGAGGAAAUCUUCAGAGACGACCCGCCGCUGCAGCCGGUCAGCGGCGAGCUGUGGAGGGCGGUGAGGAAACACUCCCUGACCAAGAGGUGGCUGCUGAGGAUGAUCGCAGAGAGAGAGAAGGAUCUGGACGACCGAGCGUACAGGAACCUUCAGGAGCUGGAGGCCUACUCAGAAAACAGCCAGUCCUCGUUAAUAUACCUCCUGCUGGAGUGUUUAGGUCUGAAGGACGUCCAUGCAGACCACGCAGCGAGUCACAUCGGUAAAGCUCAGGGAAUCGUGACGUGUCUGAGAGCGACGCCGUAUCACAGCAGCAGGAGGAAAGUCUACCUGCCCAUGGACGUCUGCAUGCUGCACGGAGCUUCCCAGGAGGAUUUCAUCCGUGGCAGCCGAGAGCAGAACGUGCGAGACGUCGUGUACGACAUCGCCAGCCAGGCCCACGUUCACCUGCAGCACGCUCGAUCGUUCAGCAAGAGCGUCCCGGCAGCCGCCACGCCGGCCUUCCUGCAGACGGUGGUGCUGGAGGAUUACCUGCAGAGGGUGAGGAGGGCAGAUUUUGACGUUUUCCACCCCAGCCUGCAGAACAGGAACCCCCUGCUGCCCAUCCAGCUGUACCUGCGCUCCUGGAAGAAAACCUACUGAGGACGGAGAAGACCAAGACCAAGACUCCCCGACUUCUCCAGCUGCUCCCGUUCGUCUGCACGACCGACGGCGGCAGACUGAAGUUCAGAGAAGCGUCGUCUGUCGGCGUUUUGCACGUAGACGAAGCCGAGGGAGCGUAGACUCGAACCACAAAGCUGAAACCAAACCCGCCGGCCUCUCCUGACGUCACCAGCGACGCCACGCGGGCGUCUGAGGUCGCAGCUCGGCUGUUUGUCACGGCAACAGAAACGUCAGUCCUGCUUUGGUGCCACUUGUCAAAGAUUAAGAUGAAUAUUAAAUUUUGAAACUGUUCCAUACUUUCAUGAAAAUGUCAUUUCACCGUCACGUCCAGAGGGUUUAUAUUCGCAAAUUACAAGAGUCAAAAGAAGAAGAAGAAGAAGAAGAAAGUCAAAAAUGUUCCUCAGGUCACAACCCCACCAGCUGACAAAACUCACUUCUUUUUUUUAAAUAAAUGAAUAAUUUAACACAUUUAAUUUAAUAAAUAAAUAGUGCUAUUUCCUUUUCAGUGCUGACAGAAAAGCCUUUUCUGCACAAGCUGUUUUAUCAACUACUAACUUUUUUUUUCUCGGAGGAAAAAAAACUUUUCCUGCCGUUGUGAUUGGUCAGCUGAUUUGAGGAAAAAAAAGGCAGUUCAGUUGACGUCAGAGGCUGUUUUUGUGAAAAGUGGAACUUGUUUCAAAUGAGGAAAACAAAACAAAAAAAAAAGCAGCAGCACUUUUUGGGGCCACUUCCUGAUUUUUGAGCAGCCUCCUCCCAUAGGGUUCUGA